GCCAAAUCGAGGCCCCGCCCCCCUGAUUCGGCGCGCUGUUCUGUCCUGUGUCAGUUCUAUCGGGUUCACCUCACAGAGAUAACAUGGUAUCCGACGAGAAAGCUCGGGCCGGACAAAGCAGAAACCUGCCAUGGGUGGAAAAGUAUCGACCACAAACACUGGAUGAUUUGAUCUCCCAUCAGGAUAUUCUUAGUACAAUUCAAACGUUCAUAAGUGAAGACAAACUGCCUCACCUUUUAUUCUAUGGACCUCCUGGGACUGGCAAAACUUCCACAAUCCUAGCUUGUGCAAAGCAGCUUUAUAAAGAUAAGGAGUUCAAUUCUAUGGUACUAGAGUUAAAUGCAUCUGAUGAUCGUGGCAUAGAUAUUGUCAGAGGCCCCAUUUUAAGUUUUGCCAGCACAAGAACAAUAUUUAAAAAGGGUUUUAAGCUUGUGAUCUUGGAUGAAGCAGAUGCAAUGACUCAAGAUGCACAGAAUGCUUUGAGACGAGUGAUUGAGAAGUUCACAGAAAACACGAGAUUUUGCAUGAUUUGCAAUUACUUGUCAAAGAUCAUCCCAGCUUUACAGUCCCGAUGCACAAGGUUUCGCUUUGGUCCCCUCAGCUCAGAAAUGAUGGUGCCCAGGCUGGAACAUGUAGUUCAACAGGAGAAUGUGGAUAUUACUCCAGAUGGAAUGAAGGCUUUGGUCACCCUGUCUAGUGGCGAUAUGCGUAGAGCUCUAAAUAUAUUGCAGAGUACAAACAUGGCUUAUGGAAAAGUGACUGAGGAUACAGUAUAUACCUGCACUGGUCAUCCACUGAGAGCAGACAUUGCUAACAUUCUGGAUUGGAUGCUAAACAAGGAUUUCACCACAGCAUAUAAACAAAUCAUGGAACUGAAGACCCUCAAAGGCCUGGCUCUUCACGACAUUCUCACUGAAGUACAUGUCUAUGUACACAGAGUGGAUUUUCCACCAUCUGUUCGAAUGCAUUUGCUAACAAAGAUGGCUGAUAUAGAGUACAGACUGGCUUCUGGGACCAGCGAGAAGAUUCAGCUCAGUUCCCUUAUAGCCGCAUUCCAGGUCACUCGAGACAUGAUUGCUGCGGAAGCUUAGACUGGGAUGUGGCAACUAGACAGAUUUGUGCUCAAGGUUACACAAGGACACCAUAAAAACUGGUCAGCAAGAACACACAUGGGCUGUUCUGUUCUUGGAACACAGACUGGAUGUUUGCAUUUGCAAGAACAUUUGGGUGUGAUGCUAGUACUGGAUGCUCCCAUAGAAAAUUUAUGAUAGGUUACCUAAGAGGGGCUUACUGCAGAAAUAAAGUGAAUGGUAUUUCUUGAGAUUACAGUUUUUAAGAUUUAAAGGGCCCUUCUGAUGUAAGACAGCCAUUGGACUUCCACAAUACCUAGAAAUGGAGGGGACAUUGUCUGUCUCCACCAUUUUUUCAUUGCACCAACCCCAUUAGAUGAGACCUACCAGAAGAUGAUUAGGUGUCCUUCAGUGUGAAUUUGUUAAUUAUCUUCUAUUUGAAGUUCCAUAUCUGAAGGCUGACCAGAAUUUGGUGAAAUCUCCUGCUCUGAUCUGUCACAUACUAUUGUCAUGGACAUAUUUUGUAAAUUCAACAUAUCAAAUACUUCAGUCUCCCACAACACUCACUGUUCGAAUGUCUUUAUCUCAAGUGGAUCAUAUCUGUGCAUGCGAUGCAAAGCUCACUAGGAAAGGGUUUCCCUUUAUCAAUUACAGUACCAGGUUUUUGGCACGUGAAGGCCUCAUUGCUUCAAUCUUAGCUACCAUAUUAUUACGGGAGCUCUCAAACGUAUGACUUUUACAUCAAGCCUAUUCAUGAGGGACAUAUUUCUCCAGUCAAAAUAAUAAUUACCUAACAGACAUGUUGUUCACUGCAUCGCAAAGGGUGCAAUAUGCUUACCCUCAAAGAAGCUAUGUGCAGUGCCUUGAAAAAGUAUUCAUACCCCUUGAACUUUUCCACAUUUUUUUUCACGUUACACCCAAAAACUUAAAGGGAAUCUGUCACCUAAAAAAUGCAUCUACACCCACUAGCAGUACCU